AUGGUAGAACCCAAAGCUGUCCAGGCUGCGUUCGCAGCCGCCAAUCACUUUUUGAACCCAGUCAUUAAUCGAGAUGAAAUUCAAAAGUCUCAGGGAAAACAGAUACUAGAGAUAUUGAGUCAGAGUUUGGAAAUUUUAACAGAGAACGAAGGCCCUGUGAGAACAGCAGUCAUCUGCAAAGCGCUUGAUCUUCUGAGUCAUAUUCACACGGCAUUUGUCGCCCCGGUAGUGAGCCUAGAGGAUUUGCAACAACCUGAAGUCAACCAAGAUCCUUCUCUUGAAGAUGCAAGACGGCGUCGCACUCUUCAUGCGUUGCUGGAUCUCAUAUCACUUGAAGGAAUCUACCCGUCGCUCUCUUCUGGCGUCGGCAUUCCUUUGCAGCAAAGAGUGAUAUCUGUACUACCUGCUGGAGUAAUAGCAAAGCAAGACCAGAUGAUUUCCAGUACCUCACCCCAUAAUCAGGACCUCUUGCAUCUGGUCAUGGAGGCUUUGCUCAAAAUACUUGAAGACGAGACACCAAGCAUACAGCCCGUGAUCCGAGGACGUAUUCUGAGCGACAUUAUUAGCGGCAUAGCUGAUCUGGCAUUCAAUCCAAAUGUUGGUACUUGCGACGAUCGAGCAAAACUUGAAAAAUCAUUUUCUAAAAUCAUCGAUGAGACAGCGAGUGCAGUGCUUUUGCCCACACUUUCAAGCUUUCUUCAGUCAGAGACUGUGGCAUGGUUCAAAUCAACGAUAUCGAGUCAAAUCUCCCAAGUUCCACUACGCUCUGGUGGAGUCUUGCAAACGAUCAUGUUUAUUGUUUCACAAUUCACCCCAUCUCUUGGACAAGAAGCACAAAGCGAACCAUCAAAUGGGCCUCAUUUCACAGUCCAAGCUAUUAUGCAAAUCUCAAAACUCCUAUCUUCAGUUCCACAGGGUAUAGAGCCGGCACUCUACUUUACAACUAUUGCUCCUCAAUUACUAGAACUCAUGGAUGGUGAUGAUCUCGACCUCAGAAAAACUGCUUCUUAUGCCAUUGGCAAUGGUAUACUAGGGAAACGCUCUUAUGGUGCUCCAGGCACAAUAGGACACUCGAUUUUCAUUGACCCUGUCUUCGGUGCACUUACGGCGAAACUCAAUGAUGCCUCAAGACAAUGGAUAACUCCCACCUCUGAAAGUCAUGAGUCCAAAUCAGGUAGAUCAGAAAAAUUGAACGCUGUUCUUGUGGAUGGGGCUGUGGUUGACUUGGCAAUGAACAGGCUAAUAAGUCUGUCACUGCAACAUCCAAAUCCAGGUCUGGUAAAGAGAAUUGUGUACCCGAUUCUCAUUCCUCUCUGGGGUUUGGCUUGCUAUUCGCAAGAGCAGCAACUUAAUAGCCUUCAUAAUAAAGUCAUGGAGUUGCUGAAAACCUACUUUAGCAUUUCUGCUGGUGUCCAACCCUUCAAAAAGAUCAUUGGUAAUCUUCUUUGGGAUGGUGGAUUAGAUUGGACAUAUACCAUCGAUUCAAAAAGAAGAAUUUCAUUGAUUGCACGCCGUGAGCAAGGAGACCACUCAAAUCUCAUUCGACUGAUUGAUUCCCUUGAUCGGCGCUCAGAUAUCUUUGUCCAAUUGCUGGGUUCCGAUCCCAGCAUUGAGGAACACACUAGUGACAUGUUCCUCUACGUGAGCCAGAUAUGGCUUGUGAAACCCCACAGCUCUGAUGAGAAAAUCAAAAUACUCGGCGAGCAAGAAAACAUCAUCCAAAAGUUGGUAUGCGCCAAAGUUGCUGAGAAGUUACUCAAUAACUUCAAGGACACAUUAUCUCGUCGUCCACUUCGUGUUCUCGAGCUCAUCAAGCAAGUAAUUGAUGGAGAGUUGCAUGAAUUCACUGCCCGGCUCUCAAAAACACAAGCAGGGAGAUCCAACAGGCCAUCAUUAUCAUCGCUGUCAAACAUUGUGUCAGAAGAAAGUGGCAAUAACGAGGGUAUAUCCGAAAAGGACGCAUCCGAGUCGCUAUCGACCGCGUUCAGUUUACUAUCGACUGUUCUUGCAUCUCCAGAGUUCUCAAUUUCACAGGAAACCCAAAAGCUAUUGGAGUCAAUUAAAAACCACUUGGAUCAACUCAUACCGAUGCUUCCACCAUUACUCUCAAAGCCAGCAACGACCUCGUCUAUGCUACUAGAAAUCCAGCUUAUGUCUUCUGGGCAUGAUGAGACCAAGCCACCACCUCCACAUAUCUCUGAUCUUGAAACUCAUCGUCAAGCGUUGACAAACCUCAACUCUGACCUGCCACCCGUCCAGGCAGAAGGCUUCUCACUCUUAUCUAAGCUUAUCAAAAAUUCAUCACCCGUCCUUGACAUUCCCUCGACGCUGACGUUGCUUCUGUCUAUCAUCAAUGAUAUGUCGGGAUCAAGUUCAAACGAUGAGUUCAUUUAUCUCAAUGCGAUCAAACUCAUCGGCACAUUGGCUUCGCGCCACCCUCGCACCGUGAUAAAAACACUGGUAGAAAGCUACACUGACAAAUCUGAACAAAGAUCCUUGGAUCAGCGACUCAAAAUUGGCGAAUCAUUGUUACGAACGGUGCAAGAUCUUGGUCAAGGACUAAAUGGUGAGACAGCUCGAAUCCUUGGUGAGGGUAUGAUCACAGUUGCAGGACGACGUGGUUACAAGCCACAGGCCCAAACAGAUCGCAAAAAGCAAGCAGAAAAAGAGAGGAUGCAACAUGAACGAGAGGAACGCGAGAAUAGGGGACCGACUUUGCCAGCCGGAUGGUCAAUCCCAUCAGAACCAAGCUCUUCAAAGCGCAAGCUCACCCUCGAUGACGAUUCUGAUACCGAAUCACCAGAGAAAACAUCACAUGCUGCUAACAUUGUGGCUGCUUGGGCAGCUGGUGCUUCUUCAGACGAAGAACCAGAUGAUCUGCGCGUGCGAGCAUCGGCACUAUCGAUUCUUGCAUCAGCUGUUCAAAGCAAUAUCAUUGGCCUAGGCUCUGCCAUCAUUUCCUCGGCCGUGGACCUCGCACUGGCUACACUUACCCUAGAAUCGGCUCCUGAAAGCGCCAUCUUGCGCCGUGCGAGUACUAUACUUCUACUAGAUAUCCUCAAGGCACUAGAUACAGCGCGUGAAAAUCGCCAUGGGAAGGAUAUUGGAUUUGGCUUCACUCUGGCCGAUGAUUCGUUUCAAGCUUCGUCCAAUCGGCAAAACCCGUCUUCCAUCGGCAGUAUCCCCUCAAUUUUGCGCAAGCUCGGUUUCGUUGAGAGCAUUGAGCUCGAUGAUAUCGUUCGCGGAAAUCUACGUUCAUUGAUUGAAAGUCUAGAGGUUUGGUUAGAAAAGUCCAUCAUGUGGGGAAUCGGUCAGGGUAACGAGGCAGGGGAACCAAGAAUGGAAUUGGGAGAUAGAAUCGCUGGUCUUAGUGUUGAUCCUUUGGCUGGAAGAGGUUCCACUAGACCACGCAUCGAGGAGAUAGAGUAA